CUGCUCCUCCUGUUCAACAGACAGCCGUGUCUUCCUGCACAGUGCCAGAAGCCUCAACCCUGAGACACGAUGGUGAAGAUCGGAGUGAACGGAUUUGGCCGUAUUGGGUGCCUGGUCACCAGGGCUGCCUUUUACUCUGGCAAAGUGGAUGUUGUGGCCAUCGAUGACCCUUUCAUUGACCUCAACUACAUGGUCUACAUGUUCCAGUAUAAUUCCACGCAUGGCAAGUUCAAAGGCAAAGUCAAGGCUGAGAAUGGGAAGCUUGUCAUCAAUGGAAAGUCCAUCUCCAUCUUCCAGGAGCAAGAUCCCACCAACAUCAAAUGGGGUGAUGCUGGUGCUGAAUAUGUUGUGGAGUCCACUGGUGUCCUCAUCACCAUGGAGAAGGCUGUGGCUCACUUGAAGGGUGGAGCCAAGAGGGUCAUCAUCUCCGCCCCUUCUGCAGAUGCCCCCAUGUUUGUGAUAGGUGUGAACCAGGACAAGUAUGACAACUCCAUGAAGAUUGUCAGCAAUGCCUCCUGCACCACCAACUGCUUGGCCCCGGCCAAGGUCAUCCAUGACAACUCUGGCAUCGUGGAGGGACUCAUGACCACAGUCCAUGCCAUCACUGCCACCCAGAACAUCAUCCCUGCUUCCACUGGUGCUGCCAAGGCUGUGGGCAAGGUCAUCCCUGAGCUGAACGGGAAGCUCACUGGCAUGGCCUUCCAUGUCCCCACCCCCAAUGUGUCAGUUGUGGAUCUGACCUGCCGCCUGGAGAAAGCUGCCAAAUACGAUGACAUCAAGAAGAUAGUGAAGCAGGCAUCGGAGGGCCCCCUCAAGGGCAUCCUGGGCUAUACCAAGGACCAGGUUGUCUCCUGCGACUUUAACAGUGACACCCACUCCUCCACCUUCGAUGCUGGAGCUGGCAUUGCCCUCAAUGACCACUUUGUCAAGCUCAUUUCCUGGUAUGACAAUGAAUUUGGUUACAGCAACAGGGUGGUGGACCUUGUGGUCCACAUGGCCUCCAAGGAGUAAGAGCCCCAUGGACCA